AUGGCUUGUACAUCCCCCUUAACAGAUUCCUUUAUAAUAAAGGACGGUGAUGCUUAUAAAUUACUACAUGCCAAAUUGACAGAAAUUAUAGCAUGUCAUUUUGCAAAGGAAUCUCUUCAACUCUUGAUAAAGUUUGCUCCUAUGUGGAUUUUGGAUGCAAGACUUAGAAAUCCGAGUCGCAUGUCAAUUCAAGAUAUAGAUGAGAGUGAAUACUUUAUUCUCCUAAAUUCACUUUGUAAACCUGUUCUUGCUGAAAGAAUAUUAAAUCGUUUGGAAUCGGAGAGCAUCUAUUCAAAUCAAGAGGAUUAUAUGGAACAAACAGAGGAUGUUUAUGAUUUACUGUUUAAUCUUUGCUUUCCUGAUGAUCAAAUAGAUUUACUCCUAUUCGAUGGAUUGAAGUCUAAUGGAAAAUUAAAUUUCAUUUUGCAUCAACGAAGUUCUAUCGGAAAUCCAAGAAUCGUGAAUUAUAUAGAAUACAAAAAGAAAUCAAGAGAACAGGAAUCCGAAAAGGAGGAAUUAAAAAAACUUGGUAUACCAACUCAGAAUAACUGGACACCGUUGAUUCCUCCCUUCAAAAUAAUCGCUUUCUACAGCGGCGAUAUGCGAUACUUUUACAAACGGUUAUCAGCGGAACAACUUCUUGAAAUAAAUGAAAAUAACUUUCUUUUUUGGUUAGUUGGUGCAGGGUGGACUCAUUUCUUGGAACGCUCAUUAGAAGUUGCUGACACAGACUUAAAGGAUGAGUUAUUUAAAUGUAAAAAUACAGCUUUUCUCUUGUCAUUACUAAGUGGUAAUUUACAUAUGAAUGAAGCACUUGUGAAUCUGAAAGACAAAAACGGCAAUACUCCUCUUGUUGUAAGCUGUGAAAAUGGAAACACUAUAGUUGUACAAAUGUUGGUGGAAAAUGGUGCAGAUUUAGAGGAAAAAUGUUGUUUAGACAUGUUUGAAAGCGACUUCAUUCUAGAUACUUUUGAAGAUGAACUGGAAGAGGAAGGUUGGUCAGCACUUUGGUGGGCGUGUUACGGGGGACAUUUAACAAUUGUCUCGUACCUGCUUGAUAAAGGUGCAAAUUUUCAAAAUACAAAUAAGUCAGGCAAAACUCCUCUCUGGGCUGCAAUACAAAGUAAGAAUUACGAGAUGGUUGCUUUACUCAUGGAAAAAGGCUUGAAUGUGAAUGAUCAAGAUAAGAAUGGAAGAACACCUAUAUGGUGGGCUUCAAAUAGUGGAAUGACACUAUUAAUAGAAAACGGUGCUAAUGUCAACAUGAAGUUGAAUAAAGGACAAACUGUACUCAUUCAUUGUAUAUGGAAUACUGAUGAUGUUGCUCAUAAACUCCGUUACAGAUUACAUGAUAUAAGUGCAAAAGACGAUAUAUGUUUUAAUUUUUAUCCCGAUACUUCAGAAAACUUUCCUGAACUUCUGUCUCUUUUAAUCGAGUACGGAGCUGAUCUGAACUGUCAAGAUGACAAUGGAUUAACAGCACUUAUGGGUGCCGUCUUGUACAAAAGAGAUAGAGAUCGUACAAAAAUUCUGUUAGAGAAUGGAGCUUAUGUUAAUUUGCAGAAUAAAGAUUCGCAGUCCGCUUUACAUUAUGCAUGUUUUAAGCAGAAUCAUGAAGCAGUUUCAUUAUUAAUAGAAUAUGGAGCAAGUAUAAACGCAAAAGAUGUCCAUGGAUUGACGCCAUCACAUAUCGCAUGCGAACUUUUGGAUGAAGAGACUCUCGACCUUCUUCUAAACAAUGGAGCAGACAUUAAUGUAAUUGACAACAUGGGAUUUACCCCAUUACUUCGUUUACUUUAUCUUGAAGUAUCUGUAAAAAUAAGUAAAAAGGGCAAUGAUUUUAAUGAAAACGAGGAGGAAAAAAGAAGAUCAGAUUGUGUGGUUGCCAUCGCUCUGAAGCUACUAGACCAUGGUGUUGAUCCGAUGGCAUGUGCAUUUGGUUACAAUGCACUGUUUUUAGCAAUGGCGUUGGGCUAUAGAAAACUUUCGGAGGUAUUGCUUGAGUUUGAUGAAAUGGAUGAUUCGGGUAAAACAAGUAUGAACGAUAAGACAUAA